UGAAGAGGAGAGGAGAUGAGAGAGGGAGGUGUUGGAUGGGGGGGCAGUCCCACCUGUGUGGCCUGGGUGGAGGGGUUCAGGGACAGACAGCGAGAGGAAAGAAGGAGUGUCAAAUGUGGCGUCAGCAUGCUCUGAUCACUGUUCUGGGACUGUUUGAGUGGCCCUGUGAAAAGCCUCUCCUACCAGGUCUCACCUCAACUCUCCUCACUGCUCCCCCAGCGUCCGAUGGCAAAGCAUGACCCUAAUGAGCUCCCUCCUCCAUACUACUCUGUUGAGGUGCACACCCUCCCGCCCCUCCAGUCCUAUGAAGAGGCAGUCUAUGGAGUGGGUCCAAGACCCACUCCUCCCAACCAGCUAUACUACAUCCCCCAGCACCCCCCACCAGUGGCUGCGCAACACAUCUGCCAGCCCAGUAUAUCUCUUCCUGGCAACAAGAAGAAACACAAAUGCUGCCACCAUAAUGCCAAGUGCUUUGGUGGCUCAGGAGGCAUCGUUCUGCUGCUCCUCCUGGCCAUUGCCAUCUGGCGCGGAGUGCAUUAUGGUACCAGGUUGGCAACUACGGCUGCCACCCUCGACCACCAUGACAGUGAGGAUGAGGGGCACCCUGAGAAGCAGUUGAGCGUGCCCGCUCACGACACCUGCUCCAACUCCACCGUCCAAUGUGACGCUCUGCGGGACUGCCAACUGGGCACGGACGAGUCCAGCUGUGUGAGGUUUGGGGCGGACGGUGCUCUACAGGUCAGAACGUCUCAGGAUGGUCGUUUUCUCCCAGUGUGUUACCAGGGAUGGGACCAGAGCUACGCCAACCGAACCUGUGCCCAACUGGGCUUCAGAAAGUCCUUUGCAACCAAGGCAGUGAAGUCCCUGCAGUCAAUUGGUCUAACACUGAACAACAGAUCAUCUUUACCCAUCCAGGGCCAGGUCAAUGUCAGCUCGUCCUGCCCAGACCAGAAUACUGUCUCUCUGAAGUGUAUUGAUUGUGGACGUCAACAGUUGUCCUCCCGGAUCAUAGGGGGCAGUGUUGCCAAGCUGGGCCAGUGGCCCUGGCAACUCUCUCUACACUUUGGUGGAUCACACAUCUGUGGAGGGAUCCUGGUGUCCCCUGACUUUGUGGUGACAGCUGCCCACUGCUUCCCCAGUUCGUCCCGCCCGGUUCUUGAUGCCAGUAGGUGGCGUGUGUACGGAGGAGUGGUGUCACAAGACCAGCUUCCUCCUCCCUACCUCGUCAAGAAGAUCAUUGUGAAUGAGAACUACAACGAUGUAACCAACGACCAGGACAUCGCCAUACUGAAGCUGGCCUCACCAGUGGACUUCACUGAUGCAGUUCAGCCUGCCUGUUUGCCAGCCUUUGACCAGACAUUCCCCCAUGGAACCAAAUGCUGGACCUCGGGAUUCGGAACAACAGAUGAGGGGGCAGCGAAACCCUCCAAAGACCUGAUGGAGGUGGCCGUUAACAUCAUCGACGUGCGUGUGUGUAACAGCUCCAAGGUAUACUCCGGCAGUGUGUCCAACAACAUGCUGUGUGCCGGAGAUCUCAACGGGGGCAGGGACUCCUGUCAGGGAGACAGUGGUGGUCCUCUGGUGUGCCAAGCCAAUGACAACCUUUGGCAGCUGGUGGGCGUGACCAGCUGGGGCACCGGCUGUGGGCAGAGUAACAGGCCGGGGGUCUACACCAAGGUGUCCAGCCUACUGCCCUGGAUCUACAGCAAGAUGCAGCUGGAAAGUCCGUGAUGCCACUUCCUUUCCAGUGACCUCGCCGCAUCCUGUCCCUAAAGACCGCUGGCGGCCUUCUUUGUCCUUCCUUUCUGAGCACCACACCAUGAAGUCUUCUCAGAAUGAUACUAGAUUGACAGAUCAAGAUGGAUAGAGCGAUGGAUCGACAGAUGAAAAGAUGGCCGCUAGCUAAGGGAGUAGCAGGAAAGGCAUACUGCACUUUAACACAGGACCAUGGUUCUUGUGUUAAUCUGUUAGUUUACUGUACCUUCUAAAAUCACAAAAUGCAUUGUGUUUACUGUAGUUAUGCCCAAUGGCUGCUACACUAUGUAAAAUAUGUGAAUGUAGGCCAAUCCAUUCUGGGCUCUGAUUCCAGUGUUGUGUUUGAAUGAUUCUAAAUCCCAUCUGUUUGUCUAAUCUUACGGUAAGGAUAUUUACCUGAGAUAGGAGGGUCUAAGAUGGCUGGCCUUUCUCUUUUCUAAGUCUAUGCAAACCUCAUAUCCUCUCACGCCUCCCAUCUCUCCUAUGUUACAUUUUUUUAAUCUAAUAUUUUGGGAGAGACUGCAUGCUUAUUUCUGUGUCAUCUAUAAGGAAUGGAGAGUGCUUUGUGAUUCAUCUCCAGAAAUGAUUUAGUGUUAGUUAUGUGAAACUCAUAGGAAAGAAAAGGAGUAUAACUACUGCAAGGGACUGUACAUUGUUUAUAAUGAGGGAUACCUGAAGAAAAUCAGACCUCUCGGGAAAGCAAAAUGGACGGCCCUCCCUUUAGUAAAAUAUAUGUUUACCCGACCCUCCUUGAACGCUUGAAAAUAGACAAGAGACCCUCCCCUAUACCCAAAAUAAUAAUGAAUGGCUGGAGACAAGAGGAGACUUUAUUUAAUACCACGAAUGAGCGCAUGCUGCAGCACUGGAGAUGUUUUGAUUUCUGUACGGGCUAUUGGGAAAAAAAAGAGGAUAGUCUAAGUUUGAAACAGUGCCAAAGUUGUCUAUCAACUGUAAAAAAAAACAGAACCAGAUACAACUGAAGUAUCUGAUCAGCAAUGAAUUCAAGAGAAGUACAUGUGUUGUUUAACACAGCAGCCGCAUAUCAUCAGGUAUGGCCUAUAAACACUUGUAACACGGUAUUGUUGUUACGGAAUAGAUGUGUUGACUCUGGCAUAGGAAUAUAAACUCAGCUAAAAAAGAAACGUCCUCUCACUGUCAACUGCGUUGAUUUUCAGCAAACUUAACACGUGUAAAUAUUUGUAUGAACAUAAUAAGAUUCAACAACAGACAAACUGAACAAGUACCACAGACAUGUGACUAACAGAAAUGGAAUAAUGUGUCCCUGAAAAAAAGGGGGGGGGGGUCAAAAUCAAAAGUAACAGUCAGUAUCUGGGUUGGCCACCAGCUACAUUAAGUACUGCAGUGCAUCUCCUCCUCAUGGAAAGCCAAAUGACCCUCUCAAACCCCUUCAAUUCGAGCCCUGGUUUUAACUUAACACACCACGAUCUUCAGUGACACUGGGAUAUUUAUUAAGGACUGCAUGGUGACUGAAGGAUUUGGCUGACAAAAUCCAAAUAUAUUCAUGAUAGACUAUCAUUUUGUCUGUCAAACAGGUAGGCCUACCUCUUGUUCUUUGAAUAGGAAGAAAUAGGCGCCAACACAAAGCUACAUUGUUGUUAGUAGCCUUAAAGUCCAAUUCUAAUGAAGACUGUUGAAAUGAAUUAGGACUUCGAAGACUUUGACACUCCUCCUGAAGUGCCACCUUACACAGCACAGUCAUUGGUUAGGCAGAACAAAAGGGUUCAGAUCCAGCUAGGUCACUGGUGAUAGAAGUCAGUAUUCGACAUUCAUCCGUGUCUGAGGAUGUUGGGAGAUGACAUGGAAACCGGACACUAGGGGCAACAGUAAGCGGUGUUAACUUCAAGUCGGUAAGUAUCUGCCUCUAGUGCCAAAGGUUGCAUGUUCUAAUCCAGCGAUUAAAAGUUGUUUUUGAGAUUUUUUGUUUUAAGCCUAUUCCAAACCUUAACCCUUACUUUAACCAUUCAGGGGUUAAUGCCCAACUUUAAGAUUUUGGAAUAAAUGUCUAUAUUUGACCAAUAACCUUAAAAAUGUGGAGUUAGUGCCUAAACGUAACCUUAAUCACUUUGAAAUGUAACGUUUGGAACAACUUCACAAUGUGACGUUUGAGAAGCAUGGAUUAACGUCUAAUGGCUGAUGUGAAACUGUGAGACCUUGUUGUUCCAUCAGUAAGAGCAGGGCAGGCUGGGCCUCAUGAUUGGAAAGUCCAGUCCAUUGCCAUGUGUAAUGCAGUGUAGCUUAGUUCUAUAUACACCAUUCCAAGAGUGCAAAAACUCAGGAAGUACAUUUUCUUAGAAAUAUAACUUUGUCCUGUGCUUCUCCGAGCACGCUCUUCGUCUGGCCUAUAGUAUAGGCUAUGGAUCAUUGUAUUGAGCCUCCACUAGGCGCACUUGAUAUUGCACACCCAGCAAAGAAUCAGGGAUGAGGGGCAUCAGGCAGACAUUGAAAUACUAUAAUAAGCAACUAAUUCUCAAACCCUGAGCAAUACCACAUUUAUUGUAUUACAAAUCACAUGACCCUCCUCCAGACUAAAUACAACAAAUACUAAGCCCUCCCCCUGACUUAAAUUGAAUAAACAUGACCCUCCCUCAUUGUCCUCUAGGGAACAAUUGUGUACAUUUAGACUGCUCCCUAAUGUAAAUCUAUGUCUGUCUGUCUGAUCAAACCCCGAGCAAUAUGAUAUUUAAAUCAAUUACAAAUUACACAACCCUCCCCUUGACAAAAAUAAAAUAAAAAUACUAAACCCUCCCCCUGAGUGAAAUUAAAAAAGCUUGACCCUCCCCCAUUUUCUUCCAGGUAACAAUUGUGUACAUUUCCACUGCUUCCUAGUGUAAAUCUCUGUAAAUCUCUCUCCAGUCUCCAAAUAUUGAUGGUUUAAUACCGAAUACACGGUAUACUACAUCUAAAACACAAUCAGUGUAUAUUUGUAACCGGUUGGGUACACCAUUCACCGACGGGGAGACGCGCGCAAAGCUACGGGUAGAUGGCUAGAUGCUCAUGCACAUCAUCAGUGGUCGUGUGUGUGAGGCAGAGAGAGUGAGAGACAGACAGGCAGAGACAGACAGACAUCAAGUGAUAUACGUCAAGAGACAAUUUGGAAUCAAUAAAAACAAAAGAAACAUUGAGAUUCAUCAAAGACUUUGGCAAACUACGUUCAUGUUUUGCAUUCUGAGAGCGCGACUCGACCAAGAACCCUUCGUGGACUGCAAUUGAACAGUGAGAAGGCACAUAUUAUACACAUUGGAACAAUAAUAACGCUUUGCGAGAAGAAGCUGAUCAUUGUCGUUGAUUGGAUUGUGGUCAGUCAAUUUGUAUCUUAAAGUCAAGAUAAUAGAAACAGGUAAGAAGAUAAAUUGGGCAUGUUUCUUUUUCGAUAUAAUUCUAAAGGGGCGUGUGCGUUCUUAUAUCUACAGUGUGUUAUUGUCUGCCUAGUUGGAGCUACAUUUUUGGAAUGUGGUUUCUGGUGAAAACGAGUGCUAAGGGGAAAAUGCAUUGUUUCUUAGAUGUGAGUUUUACUGUGAGUAGGGUGUAUUUGCUAAUCAAUAAUAUAGGCAACAUUCAAUUUCCUGAAAUAUUGAUGUGAAUCAUUUAUUAAGAACGUAAACUUCUCGCAAUGUGUAUAGGCCUAUGCAUGUCUAAUAUAAAUUGCAUGAUGGAUAUAAAAAAAAGAAAUAUAUUCACUCAAUUUAUUUCGCAACAAUAACGUCUGUACGAGCAUCAUAUUAUUUCAAAUAGGCCUCAACUAUGUGGUGUCGAGAGUUGUUUAUGGAUUCCAUCUAUUUUAGUGCCAUGAGGGUGUGUCCUUUUCAGUGGCAGUGUAUGAUGUUAGAUUAGCCAAAUCGUCUCGUGCAGUGCUGCAUAGCAGACAACACAUUCAACAGUUUGUAUAAUUAGUCCUAGGCUAAAUAGAUCUAAAUGGUAUGUAGAACGAAUUAUUUGAAGCGCUUGAAUACUCCUGUCUUCCACAAUACUGGCAAGUCUAGUGGUAAAUCCACAGGUUAGGAUCAGAGAAAGUGGCAGACAGUGUCUAGGAUGAGCUAGAUUUUCUCGGCUAUGCACAGUCUAAAACAUAUUCAUGCACAGUUAUGCAAACUAAGGCUAUGUCGUAAUUUAGGUAACACCAGAGACAUACUCGGCAAUAUUAUAAUUGACCAACCAAUACAAUUAUUCGGGAGUUAUUGCCCCUCCGUGUCUCCAUUUGGCCAGUGACAGACAGCGGUCGGGUGCGCGAAAAAAAGCUUAUCUGCAAAUGAUGGAUGUGGUACAGAAAGUAGACUGCAAUUAUUUAACGGAGGCACUUGUGUUAAUCUGGUUGUUGGGUCAUUCCACCAAAUGAGUGCAUUUUGAGUAGUGUAACAUAGUAUACAUUUUUUUCCACACCUUAUUUUAACGUUCUUUUCUGAAUAACACGUUCGAUUUAAUAAAAAUGUUUCAGCA